UCAGAAUUGAAAUGUGUGGGUAGGUGGCAGUAAGGGCUGGGGCUGGUAUUUUCUAAUUUUUUUUAUUUUUUUAUUUUUUAUGCAUUAACUGUUAUUUAUUUGUUUAAUUUUAAUGUACUAAUCUUUUCUAUCUUACUUGUUUGUAGCUUUUAUAUAUUGAUCAUUAUGUCAUUGAGGAAGUUAGAGCGAACCGAGAAACUCCUAUUCUCAAAGGUUGGACAACCAAUAUGUUGUCUAGCCGUGAGAAAUUGGAAAUUUUUAAGGGGAGGCUUGGAAUUUUCGAUAAAAAUCUGAAGGUUGUUGGUCCUUCUGGCAGCAAACAACCAAAAAUGGAAACAUCUGUUCCAACUGUUCCACAAACUAACGAAGAUGUUGAAGUAGAUCCAAAGAAGGUGCAUUUUGACAUGUUUAUUUUCCGAGAAGUGCAUUUUGCAAUUUUGCAAUAUGAAGGAAAUGUGCAGAGCUCUGUGUUGUCAAGUGAUAUCAAGCGCAUGGAGCAUGUUACACUUGAUUCUCCUUGGAAGUCUACAGAUAAUAAUCAUUUGCACUGUGGAAUUGCAUUGAUGAGGAUUAUGGAAACAUACAUGGGUUUGUCAAAGUGGGCAUCAAGUUUGAAGAAGAAUAAUGUAAGUCUUUCAUCUUAUAUGAAUUGUCCUUAGAUACUUGUUUGCUGGAUUUUACAAGGCGUACAAUUUUUACUUGUUAAUUUCUAAUACUCUCUGAGUUUAUAGGAAUAUGGACAUGUAAAGUGAAAAUUUGAAUGAUAAAGAAAAUUCAUGAUAAUAAAAGGAUAUUAGUAUGUUUAUAUGCACCACCAAGAUAUUUUUUUUUUUAUUAUUCUUAUAUAGAAAUUUAAAUAAAUCUUGCUCAUUUGUCAAAUGAGCAGCCAAUAAUUUGCUCAUA